GAACCGCAACAACCCUGAACGUUGUUGGAUUGACAGCAGGUUCCCGACGCGGCCUGGGCGUGGACUAUGUGCAAAUCAACCUUUGCACUGCUCUGCGGCAUACAACUAGUAUUAUUUCUCAGAACCUCGGUUGGCAUUUCACUUUCAUCGGAAGGGUUUGUUUUUAUUCCAAAAUCACGAACAAAGCGAGUUUAAAACUAUGAAUACACGCCACUACUUGACCCUGUUCGGACUUCUGUGCGUCUUGGACUCUUCGGUGACCAAAACAUUGCCACCAGUCGUUCAGGUGUACAGCCGGACAUCGGGAGUGUUCGGCAAAGCCAACGUCCUCCUGUGCCACGUCAACAACUUCCACCCGCCGCUGAUCACGGUGGAGCUGCAGAAGAACGGCGUCGUGAUCCAGCGGGCCAACCAGACCGAUCUGCUCUUCGGGGAGGAUUGGAACUACCACCUGACCAAAUAUGUGCCCUUCACCCCGCAAAGCGGAGAAGAGUACACCUGCCUGGUGACUCACAUGGGGACCACCAGCAGGUUUUCCUGGGAACCAGAUAUGUAACAUUCUCCCGCUCCCUUGUUUCGGGUCAGCUCUGUCUUGAGAUGAAGAACAUCAACAACAACAAAAAAAGAGAGCGAGUGGACCUCUUUUAAUACAAAAAGUGAUUUUGGCACUGCUGGGUGGGAAAAAAGCUCAGUUAAUAAAACUGAGCAAAAGAAGACAAGUCACGUGGGAUCCCGCUCCGAACGGGUAAUUUGAGGGAGGAUGAUAAACAAUAGACGGCGGAAUGUGGAAGUAUUGAAAUAUGACACCCAGUGUCCUCUACAGUAAAUCUCUCGUUAUUCAUGUUGGCCAGUAGAGGGCAGAAAAGUACAACUGCAUCUCAGGAAAAGCUUUGAAGAGAUCAUGUUUACUGCUAAUCUAUUGCAUCAUUUAUUGAAUAACGCCAAUGCAGUCCUGCAUGUGACAAAGUUCAAGAUGGCGGUAGUUUUGACCCCAAAAGCUAUUGAUCUUCUGUGGAAUUGUUGUGAACGUUCACAACUGUGUAUGAUCCGCCGUGCUUCCAAUCGGUGUAUUUUUUUUCCUUCCAAUUCUGCGCUCCAUUUCCCGAUUUCGAAUGGAAAAUGUGCCAAAAAGAGCAUCUCGGCUUAUGGAGAUUGAUUUUCAUUCAAUGUGUGGAUGAUCGGUGUACUUUUUUUUUUGAUAGUGCAAAGCAAAUUUAUUAUUUAUUUACUCAAUGUGCUUUACGUGAACAAAGAGAAAACAUUUAAAACGGGAUAACCAAAAAAAAAAAAAAAACAAUAAAAAUGACAAACAAAAUAUAUUUAAAAAAAGUAUAGUGCUACUGCCUAUUCAAAUAAACAAUUAAACAAAAACAUUUAGCAAUCGUGCCUUAUUUUGUUUUUCUAUCCAUCC